UUACAUCCCAUCGGGAACCGCAUCGCAAAUUUCGCAAAAAAAAAAAUCUGAACCGAGUGCUGCACCCGUCUGUGAUGGCCUCGCAGGAGCAGUUGGAAUUAUCAGGCCUAAUAAAAUCAGUUCACCAACGCUUACGCGAAUCGGCCAAACAGUCCGAUGCAGAAACGGUUUGGCAAGAGCAUGUGCGAGACGCAAAAGUGUUGAAAAGCUAUGCCGCUGCCAUGGAAAAACUGGCCACCUGCUACUGGGAUCGCACGAUGGAAGUCUCGUGCAAACGGUCCAACAGCCGCAUCGAAUGGGUUGUCGCUUCGUGUCGCAGCUAUUUCCUAGGCCCAACUCCCCUGCUGUACCUGUUUCGCGAGAAGGAAGACAAAGUCAUGCAAGCCAUCGAUUCCUCGUUUCGCUACGAGCACCAACCGUACUUGAUUGAAAAGAUUCGGCUUCUCGACGUUGGUAGCUGUUACAACCCGUUUGGAGCAUUCGAGAAUUUUGAUGUGACCCCCAUCGAUAUAGCACCCGCGCAGCCAUCCGUGUGGUAUUGUGAUUUCCUGGACGUUCCGGUGCGGAACAUCGAUAGACCAUCUUUUUCCCACGAACAGGUCGAUGUUCUUCCCAAGGAAUACUUUGAUGCGAUCGUGUUUAGUUUGCUGCUAGAGUACCUUCCGUCGCCCGAGCAACGUAUGCGAUGCUGCCUGAACGCAUACCAAAUGCUGCGUCCUGAAGGAAUUCUGCUCAUCAUAACGCCCGAUAGCCGGCACCAGGGCGCCAACGCAAAGCUGAUGAAAAACUGGCGCUACACCUUGGCCGGCAUCGGAUUCACACGGAUCAAAAUAGAAAAACUGGAGCACGUGACAUGCAUGGUUUUCCGGCGAUCACUCUUUCCGGAGGUCGGCCAGCGUUGGUGUGCAAUCCAUCGGGAAGCGUAUAUGAUGCCGGUGCUCCAUAUUCCCCAAGACUUUAACGAAUCAUCUUCGAACGGCUCCAUUCCAGGUGAUGGGCAGCGCACGGAAGCCGACGAUGUGGACAUUAGAGACGCCUUUGCAGGACUUCCGUUCGAGGAUAGUUGAAUAAACAUUAGGAUAUUUCUCCUA